UGCUCAAGCUGAGCCCCAAAGCCCUGGGCUCGGAGCAGCCCAAGUCAAAGCCGCCAACAACGGCCAAUGCAAGCUUGGCAACAGAGAACAAGCAGAACCGAUACUAAACGAAAGACUUCAUAAACCGAAUUGGUGCCCAAUUCAGAGUGCGUUGUCCCACCACCCCGGAUCUCCCCCUUUCGACGGCCUUCGUUCACGUCUCAGAUCUGCAAAAUGGCUCAAGGUGAUCAACAACAGUUUUGUCUGCGCUGGAAUGACUUCCAGACCAACAUGGUCUCGUCAUUCAAGCAUCUGCGCGACGAAAAAUCUUUCACGGACGUGACACUCGCCUGUGACGGUCAAACGUGCAAGGCUCACAAAAUGGUCCUAUCCGCCUGCUCCCCUUAUUUCAAGGCUCUCUUGGAAGAGAAUCCGGCCAAGCACCCCAUCAUCAUCCUGAAGGACGUGCCAUUCCAACAUUUAACGGCCAUCCUUGAGUUCAUGUACGCCGGAGAAGUGAACGUGGCCCAAGAUCAGUUGCCCGCCUUUCUUAAGACGGCCGAAAGACUCAAGGUUAAAGGCUUGGCCGAGGCCCCGCAAACCAUCAAGCAGGAAUAAAUCUACCUUUUACAAAACCCCAUGAAUCUUUACCACUUUCUAUGAUGCCGUCGCCACCCCCACCCACAAUUGCCCAGCCCCUCUCCAUUCGAUUUGAGAUACCCCAUGGCCUGGAUGAAAACCCCCAGCCUCCCAAAGAAAGUUUGAAACACGACAACGCUAUACUACUAUCUCACCUCUCUGGACAAAAACGAAUGCGCAAUUAGAAUGAUUUCAUUUGAACAAUAAAUGUUUUGUCGAGUACA